AUGAGUCAUGUUCAAACCAGACAGUUAAUAAACUACAACAACCUUGAAACAUUUGAGAUCUUUUAUCAGAGCUGGCUGAUUCGUCAAGAACAGUAUCUUCAAGAAUUAGUCCAGGCAUUACAAUGUUACAGCAACGACGAUGAAGAAAAUGAAGUGAAGCACAAGGAGCUAAUCGCCAAGGUCAUGGAUCACUACGCUGAAUACUCUGCAGCCAAGGGAAAAAUUGCUCAGGAAAACGUGUUUCUGCUGUUUAAAGCUUCCUGGUUAACCUCGUACGAACGAGUCUACCUCUGGAUCGGUGGCUUUAGACCGGUGCUUGCAUGCAAAAUCCUGUCAAGCUUAUCAGACUUGACCGAGGAUCAAUCCAAGAGAAUCAGUUCCCUCACUGCUCAGACCAAGAAGGAAGAGACAGAACUGUCAAACCUUCUUUCAAGGGUUCAGGAGAGUGUGGUGGAUCCUCGAAUAGUAGCAUUAGCUACGCAUCUGGGGCAACUUCGGAAUGGAGCAAACGCUGAUACAGAGUCUGCUACAGAAAAGCUAAGAAUAUCAAUGGAAGCGCUAUUAGAGUGCGGUGAUUAUGUGAGAGAGAAAACUGUAAUGGAGAUUCUCGAAAUACUAUCCACUCCACAAGCAUUGGGAUUCUUGGCAGCCGCUGCUCAAUUCCAGCUCACUGUCAGGGGAUACGGAUUGCGGACGGAUGCCAACCGCCCAAGUUUUUAAUAAUGCACCUUAACAAAGGAAAAAUUUGCAACUUCAAUCAGCAAAAUCAGUGCCGUAACUCAUAACGGAGGUUAUAUAGAUAGCAGCAUCUGCAUACGAAAAUGCCUUUAAAUUUCCAAAAGAUUACUGUUUGCAGCUUUCACGAAUUAGAUGAAUGGAAAACUCUUGUACUUGACCUGAAGGUCCAAUAACAGUAAUGAUUUCAAUCAUCAGACAUAUUAAAGCCUAUGCGAUACCACAAUCGACCAUCCUACUGUUUUUAGUUCAUGUCAUCAUGUGAUACUUCAAACAGCAGCAAGAAUCACUCCCUUAAGCAAAAAAAAAAAAAAAAGAAUCAGUUUAAUUUGGGCAAAUUAUUGUGUCAACUCUACCCAAGGAGGGCCAUCUUCCAUCGAUCCCCAAAUAGCAAGCAUUGAUAGAAAUAUAUUGGCAAACAUGAAUCAAUCAGAUCAAGCAAUAAUCAUGCAAACACGGAUCAAGAAACGAGAAUAGUUGUAAUCUGAUUCAACCACGUAAUUACCUCCCACCGAAAUGGUCACACCCAUUAAUUAUAACGAAGACCUCCUGUUCUUCUGGGCCUUCUUG